AUCAUUUCUACAGCCGAGCACAGUGUAAUGGAAUUGCAUAUAAAAACCAAUACAAGACCGCUGAAAUUAUUCAGUUGCCAGCAUUUGAAGAACAAACAUGUACGCCAAGGUGAUCAUCGCUCUGUGUGCCGUAGGCCUGGCCCGCGCUGGUUUGAUCCAUCAAGCCGCUCCCGUAGCAUACAGCAGCCACUCAUACGCAGCUCCCGUGGACACCUACGCCGCCGCCCCAGUAGCCACUUACGCUGCUGCCCCUGUGUCCACUUACGCCGCUGCUCCCGUGGCCACCUAUGCUGCCGCUCCCGCCGUCGUGACCAAGACCAUCGCUCCAGCUGUGUCUUCCGUGUCUUCCUACUCUACCCACACCUCUCACGGCUCCCCGGUAUCUUACGCUGCCGCUCCCGUAGCCACAUACGCAGCCGCUCCCGUGGCCACCUACGCCACUGCCCCCGUCGUAGCUAAGUCCUACGCCGCUCCCGCGUACACUGCAUACUCCGCUCCCGCGUACUCUGCGUAUUCCGCUCCCGCUGUGGCCGCGUACUCCGCCCCUGUCUAUGCUAAGACCAUCGCCGCUCCUGUGGCCACUUACGCCGCGGCCGCCCCCGCCUACAACUCGCAUAUCGCAUACAGCGGACACGGUGCCAACUAUGGCUGGUAAACUGAAUCUCUAGUCUUCCAAUUAUAUUUACUUA